AUGUCUGUCCUCCUCGAGACGUCCCUAGGCGAUCUUGUCAUUGACUUGGAGGUUGAUGCUUGUCCAAAGACGUGCCAAAACUUUCUGAAGCUAUGUAAAGUCUACUACUACAAUCUCAACGCGUUUUUCAAUGUCUCAAAGGAUUUCUUGGCCCAGUCUGGGGACCCGUCGGCCACAGGGACAGGAGGCGAGUCUAUCUGGUCCUUCAUUGCCUCACAAGAAGGAAAACAAGAGCCUCGCUACUUCAGUCCGGAAUUCGUGCCACGCUUGAAGCACAAGGCGAAAGGCACAGUGUCUAUGGCAGUCGCGCCUUCCGUCGAUGGUCAAGUGAAAGGUGGCUGUGGUAGCCAGUUCUUCCUGACGCUCGCGGAUGAAAUCGACUACCUGGACGGGAAGCAUGCAGUCUUUGGGCACGUUGUCGAGGGGCUUGACACGCUGGACAAGCUGAAUGAUGUCUUUGUGGACCAGGAGGGGCGUCCUCUAAAGGACGUGCGGAUACGGCAUGUAGAGAUUCUCGAUGACCCAUUUGAGGAUCCUCCAGGCCUGGUAGUGCCCGAGUCAAUGCCUAUGCGCCCUCCGGACAAUUCCAAUCGUAUCGCUGAAGAUGAGGACCCUUUGGCUACUCUACCUGAAGAGGAGGCGGAAGCAGAACGACGGAAGCAGGCUGCUCGGGCUUCCGCUCUGACGCUCGAGAUGGUCGGAGACCUGCCCUUCGCGAACGUGCGGCCUCCGGAGAAUGUCCUCUUCGUCUGCAAGCUGAACCCAGCUACCCGAGAUGAGGACCUGGAGCUCAUCUUCUCUCGCUUUGGUUCGAUCAUGAGCUGUCAAGUGAUCCGAGACAAGAAGACAGGGGACUCUCUGCAGUACGCAUUCAUUGAGUUUGACAAGCGAGAGGAUGCCGAGCAGGCGUACUUCAAGAUGCAAAACGUGUUGAUAGACGAGCGGCGUAUCUGGGUGGACUUCUCCCAAUCGGUGUCUCGCCUGAAUGGAGGAUGGUCUAACGACCCUAAAAUGGGUCCCCGGCCUGCACGUGGUGGGAAAGGACAUGGUGGCGGAGGCUUCGGUGGACUGACCCAUUUGGAGGCGACUCGGCGGUACAGGGAGAGCUCUGCGGAUGACGGUGACCGCUACGGAUUGGUCUUCGAUGUCCCCGGUGACCGGCAUGGUAGGCGCCGAAGCCAGAGCACGGAGCGGGUGCCUCGCCAGGAUCAUUCCAGAGAGCGCAGAAGGCGGUCACGAUCGCCCCGGCCAAGAGACCGCGAUGGGGAGCGCGAUAGAGAACACCGCAGAAGCCGCAGCAGGGACCGGCGGUCGAGGGGGCAAAACGAGCGCGGCCGGCGACGAUGA